AUAACUGCGACACGUGCAGGCCAAUUUAGCAUCACUCGACAAAAAAGAUCCACGCCGUUAACACACUGACCAUGGCUGAACAAGAACAGGAAUACUAUGGAGGUGAGCAGGGAGGGGAAAAUGGACAAAAUUAUCAGCAAGAAGAGUAUACAGGCCAAGAAGAGAACACAGAAUACACAGGAGGAGCUGGCGACCAACAAACCACAGAAAACGAUGGAACGACACAACUAACAGAAAGUGGCGGCGGCGGCAUGAACGAUGAUGAUGACGAUCGGAAACUCUUUGUUGGGGGAUUAAGUUACGAAACAACCGAUUCUGAAUUGAGAAAUUACUUUUCAAAGUUCGGGGAAAUCACAGACUGUACACUCAAAACUGAUCAGAUAACUGGAAGACCUAGGGGAUUUGGAUUUGUUGUUUUCAAAGACACAUCUAGUGUAGACAAGGUACUUGAAGCAGGUCAACACAAGCUUCGUGGAAGGAAUAUUGAUCCAAAGAAAGCCAAUCCCAAGAAGAGAGAGCCUAACCUGAAAGUGUUUGUUGGUGGUUUGAAUCCAGAGACCUCAGAAGAGCAGAUCAGAAGCUAUUUUGAGAAAUUUGGAACGAUUGCUGAUAUAGACCUUCCAGUUGAUAUGGAAAAGAAGCGUAGAGGUUUCUGUUUUAUUAAGUUUGACAGCGAAGAAGUUGUUAAGAAAGUUGUUGAAGAAAGAAUGCAAACCAUUGGUGGAAAAGAGGUUGAGGUGAAGAAGUCUGUGCCAAAGCGCGGUGGCUUUGGAGGCGGUUGGGGCGGUGGCUUUGGGGGGCGAGGUGGUGGCCGAGGACGAGGCAGAGGUGGCUAUGGAGGAGGUUGGAACCAAGGUGGUUAUAAUAACCAAGGUUAUGGUGGUUAUGGCAGCUACAACCAAGGUGGUUAUGGCAACUACAAUCAGGGAGGAUAUGGCAACUAUGGAGGAUAUGAUUACAACCAAGGAUACGGCUACAACCAGGGCUAUGGAGGUGGUGGCUGGGGAGGAUAUGAUCAGGGAUAUGGAUAUGAUUACAGUGGAUGGGGUGGAUAUGGACAAGAUCAAUCCCAGAGCAACAGUGGAUAUGGAAAAGCUCCCAAAAGGGGUGGUGGACAUGGCUAUCAACCAUAUUAGAGCCCAUGAGCUGUACGACAGCAGACAUGGACUACGCAAUCUGUCCAGAGGAUACAGCCAACUGGAUUGAAAGGAAGUCUGUCCUCUAACUUCAGUCAUUGUAAAUUAUGUACAUUUGUAGUAUCAUUCAUCUCACCGGUUAUGAUGCCAACUUCGUGCUUUUAUGCUGUAUGUACUUUGUAAAAAUUAAAAAGGUCAUUUUACACA